AGGCGUUGGCUCAAUUUUGCUGAGGCUGUGGCCCGUGGUGCAUGCCGCAUCCUGGCCUUAAGCCACAAGCAAGAUGUUCGGCACAAAGGUUGCUGAUGGCUAAGACCAUGUCUAUUCGAGUUGAACUCGACGAAUGUGUGGAAGUUUGGCGGGCAGGGGAGUGGGCUGUGCUCCCAACCACGGAGUGGUCGGAGAUUAUCCGACGAAAGAAAGACACCGAAACAAAGUUUGAUAUCAUUUCCCUUGGCGUCGACUACCACGUCGACCUGGAGACAAUGACUCGAACUGAGUUGAAGAGUGGGAGAAGUAGGGCCAUACGGUUUGCCCAAAUAGAAAGGCCAGAGCACUCGACAGCCAAAGGUUUCGAGGCUUUUCGAGAGGUUUUUCACGAGAUAGCAGUGGAAGGGGAAGGGCAUGAAGAGCUGGUCACUGAAGAUUGUUUAUUGCAAAGUUGGCCUGGCGUGGUGGACGAUGAGGAUCUGCUUGUAGCAACAGUGUCACAGAUGUACCGAUGCAUGCUGCUGCGCGAGAAGCAGGGCGUCAACCUCCAAGAAUGGGUCCACUAUUGGGCGCUGCAUCGCGGCGAUCCACCGAAAUCGGUGUUUCAGGAAGUCAACGAGCGGCUUCGGCAGCUUGUCCUUCACGAUGCACAGGUCCUGCAGCGCUUGCAGCUGCAAUUUGAAAGCGCCGCGCGGACACUGGACAUCGGCCUCUCUCGGCUGGCUCUGUCAUUGCAGGAGCUGCUGGAGGUAUGCCGAUCCAUGGUUGAAGCGCCCGAGCGGCGCAUCGAGCAGACGCUGGCUGGAAAUGUUCUACAAGCACACCAGAAUGGCAAGCUUGCAGUUGAAGAGGAUGAGCACCUGCAUUACCACGAUUUUCUCAAUGUCAUGCUCGGCCGACACCGACAAAGAGUGUAUAUGUGGAUGUAUGACAUUACGGCCGGCAAGGCGAAUGCUUGGUCAUGGCUUCUAGGUACUCACUUCACAGCAUUUUGGCACACUGGCGUCGUAGUGGAGUUUGCAGAUGGUCCUGGUGAGUUUUGGUUCGGCGGCAAGAUAUUUGUUUCCCCUCCUGGCACCACUCCGUUUGGCGAACCGCUGGAGAAGAGGUUUAUGGGAUACACCUACAAGAGUCGAGACGAAGUGGUGUACUUCAUUGGUGCAAACUUGGCCUUCAAGUUCCACAGGGGGAGCUACGAUUCGCUGACUCACAACUGCAAUCAUUUCAGCGACAAAUUGCUCAUGCACCUGACGAAUGAACACGUACCAGACGAGAUCCUGCGGCAGCCGGAAAAGAUUGCCAACUUGGCAGCUGUGCAGCUGGUGCGGCCACUGCUAAACAGGUGGCUGGGCACCUUUCAAGCAGGAAGCGAGCCAGCCCCUGCCGAAGCACCCGCAGACUUGCUGGCUGGGCUGGGGCCAAGUGCCGUGGUACGCUUCGCUCGGCGUGAGGGUGGCUUGCAGCAGAUUGGAAGGGUGGAUUCGGUUUGCGGCGACUACUGUGUUGUGAAGAGCCUCGACUUUUGGCGGCGCUGUCUAGUGGAGAGGCACUUGCACACCUCGCGCCUCACGCGGGUCCUGGCACCCGGAAGGGGCCUCUGCAAUCACCACAUCAACCCGAAGGAAGAAGGCGGUGCUGCUGUGAUCGAAGGAAGAGCGGGCUGCUGGCUACCCAGCCUGCUGACGGCCUUUGAACCAGCUGCGAAGCAGUGACUGUGCUGCAUCUCCUUUCUUAAAAGGAGCUGAAAGGUGCAGUUUAAACACAUUCUGGGAAUUAUGGGGGAUCUCCUUCCAUUUGCCAGGGCUGAUACGUCACUCUGCAAGGUGAGCAUUGCUCGAUGCCUGCCUCAGGCUAAGUUCUCCUCCUGCGUCUGCCCGCGGGGAGGGGCCUGUCAUCAGCUAUCCCGUGUUCUGAGUUCAAAGACUGAAAGGUCCUAAAAGUCUGGGCUGAACGGAUGGAAAGGCUGGGCGGGGCAACCCUGCCCCCACAAAGGGAC